AUGGCGUCACAAAUCACCCCAAACACAUUUCUCACACACUGUGCCAGGCCAUCAUCGUCAUCCAAAGCAAACACUAGCGCCACUACAAUCUUUUUCAUCUCAGGAAACCCAGGCUUGAUUAGCUACUACCACCCGUUCCUAUCCUUGCUCGCAGACCAGCUUUCAGUGUCCGAGGGGUGCAAACCAGGAAGCUCUUUCCAGAUCUAUGGAUGUAGCCUGGGGGGAUUCGAGCUCCUAGAAGACAAAGUCCAGAUGUCCAAUGAUGGAAGCCACAAGCCAAACCCCAAGAUCUACGGACUUGAAGACCAAAUCCACUUUGUGCAUGGCAAACUCCACAGCCUGGUAACGGAGAAUAGCAAGACGGCUCUCUCACAAACUCCGAGUGCGGAUGCUGCUACUGCGCCACCAAGACAGAAAGUCAUUCUGAUCGGACACUCAGUUGGCGCGUAUAUCGCCAUGGAGAUUCUAAGGCGACACCGCGAAACUUCGGGCUCAAAAUUGGUUGAGUUUGAUAUCAUUGGGGGUGUAAUGCUCUUCCCCACGGUUAUGGAUAUUGCGGCUUCGCCUUCUGGACGGAAACUGACAACCCUGCUGUCCUUUAUCCCCCAACUCGCGCUUGUAGUCGGGUUCUUUGCCCGAUUGCUCACCUCCCUCCUGCCCCACACGGCCUUGCGAUCUUUAAUCCGGUUUGUGAUGAACUCACCACCGGACCAUGCGCUAGACGCGACAUUUGCAUUUAUGAAGAGUCCCACUGGCGUCCGACAGGCUCUACACAUGGCGGCGGACGAAAUGCGCACUAUAACAACUGACAAAUGGACUGACGACGUCUGGGGCGCCGCCACAGCACGCCAGCCGAUUACGAAGUUGGUCUUCUAUUUUGGACGAAAUGACCAUUGGGUCGCGGAGAAGACGAGAGAUGAGAUCAUUGCCCUUCGAGGGCAGACAGGAGGGAAGGGACCGACUAUGUUGGUCUGUGAAGAGGGGUUGCCGCAUGCUUUUUGUUUAAAGCAUAACGAUGUUAUGGCUCGCAAGGUUGGGGGGAUGAUACGGGAUAUUGUAGCUGGAGAUGAGGCGAGCUGA